CUCUGUCUCUCUCUCCUCGUCCGUCUGCCACUUCGCCCUUUGUCCCUGUAUAACUUCGUCUCUCUCUCUCUCUCUCUCUCUCUCUCCUCGUAGCUGCUUAUUCAGGAUUUUGGCUGCGGAAAGGUUAUCUGUUCCGACCUUGGGGUUUGAAUUCUUGUUUGAUUACCUUGGGCUUUGCAUCGCAGUUUUUGUAGAGAAGACGUUUUAAUGACCAUGGAUUCCUCGCGAGGAGAGCCUUCGGGGCAACCCCAGAUGAUGGGCGGAGCAGCUGCCCAGAAACUAACAACAAAUGAUGCCUUAGCGGCAUAUCAAAAGGCUGUGAAGGAUAUAUUUGAAGACAAGAAGGAAAAAUAUGAAGAAUUUUUUGAAGUCAUGAAAGACUUCAAGGCCCAAAGAAUUGACACUGUGGAUGUGAUAGAGAGGGUGAAGGAUUUAUUUCAAGGGCAUCAAAAGCUAUUAUUAGGUUUCAAUACCUUCUUGCCAAAGGGAUAUGAAAUCACCCUCCCACUUGAGGACGAGCAACGGCCUCCUCAAAAGAAGCCUGUAGAAUUUGAAGAAGCUAUCAGUUUUGUUAACAAGAUUAAGACACGAUUUGAAGGAGAUGACCAUGUUUAUAAAUCUUUUUUAGACAUUCUGAAUAUGCACAGAAUGGAAAACAAGUCCAUUGCAGAGGUUUACCAGGAGGUUGCAGCACUUUUCCAAGAUAACUCAGACUUACUUGUGGAGUUUACUCAUUUCUUACGUGAUACUUCAGGAGCAGCCUCCAUUCACUAUGCUCCAUCUCAUAAAAACUCAAUGCUCAGUGAUAGGAGCUCUGCUAUGCCUCCUAUGCGGCAAAUGCAUGUUGACAAGAAAGAAAGGACUAUGGGUUCUUAUACCGACUACGAUGAUGACUGUCCUGAUCCUGACCGUGAUAGAGCUCUGAUGAAAGCUGACAAAGAGCAAAGGAGGCGUGGUGAGAAGGAGAAGGAGAGGAAAGAAGACGGAGAAAGAAGAGAUCAUGAAUGGGAUGAUAGGGAUUUUGACCAUGAUGGCAGUAGGGACUUCAACAUGCAACCUUUUCACCACAAAUGGCAAGAUUCUCAUAUGACUGAAGACUCAGCUAAUGAACAAGUGCAUCCAGGUGCUCAAGGCGAUGAAAACUUUGCAGAACAUUUCAUUUCAUCCUCUUAUGAGGAUAGAAAUUCUGCCAAAAGUAUGUACAGCCAGAAGCUUGCUUACUGUGAUAAGGUGAAGGAGAAGUUACGAAAUCCUGAUGAUUACGUUGAAUUUUUGAAGUACGUCCAUUGUUUUAGCAAGGAAAUUAUUACACGAUCCGAAUUGCAGUCUUUGGUGAGUGAUUUACUUGGAAGGUAUCCGGAUCUUAUGGAUGCGUUCGACGAAUUUUUGGCAUGUGAAAAAAAAGAAGCCUUAAGGAGUGAAGGAAAUUUAUCCAGAUCAGUGAAGGUAGAGGAUAUGGAUAGGGAUCAUGAUUGUGAAAGGGAUGAUGGGGUUAACAAUAGAGAGCGUGGAACUUGGAAAGGGGAUACGUUUGAGAAAAAUGGUGCCUCUGGCAAUAAAGAAGUUGGAGGCCAGAAGAUUUCUAUAUUUUCCAGCAAGGAUAAAUACUUGGCAAAACCUAUUAAUGAGCUUGACCUCUCUAACUGUGAGCGCUGCACUCCAACCCAUCUCCUCCUCCCAAAGAAUUAUCCAAUACCUUCUGCUAGCCAAAAAACGGAGCUUGUGUCUGAAGUAUUGAAUGAUCCUUUGGCAUCUGUCACUUCUGGAAGUGAGGAUUACUCUUCUAAACAUGUGCGCAAAAACCAGUAUGAAGAGAGCCUGUUUCGGUGCAAGGAUGACAGGUUUGACCUGGAUAUGUUGUUGGAUUCCAUGAACGUAACGACCAAGUGUGUGGAAGAACUAUUAGAAAAGAUCAAUAACGGUAUGAUUAAGAUGGACAGUCCAAUCCGUAUUGACGAACACUUGACAGCUGUGAAUCUGAGGUGCAUUGAGCAACUCUGUGGUGACCAUGGGCGUGAUGUGAUGGAUUUGUUGAGAAAAAAUGGUCCACUAGCUUUGUCUGAUAUAUUAACCUGUUUGAAGCAAAAGCAAGAAGAGUGGGCAAGGUGUCGUUCUGAUUCUAAUGAAGUUGGGGCUGAUAUAUGUGACAAGAACUAUCCCGAGUCACAGGACACAAAGAGCUUAAGCAGAAAAGCCUUGCUGACGGAGACUAAAGAGUUCAGUGAGAAGAAGCGGACUGAAAAUGGUCAGGAGCAAUGAUAACUUUGCUUGGGACCUCAGAUCAAAGACUCAGGCAGAUUGUUUGAUGCAUACUGUACAGGAAAUUGAACUCCAUGGCUUUGGCAGAAGCGAAGCUGAGCUGAUGCUUAUAUUAGGGAUGUUGGAAAACCCCACUUGGGAGCAAUAAACAUCAAAGAGGUUUAAUAGGUGGCAUUGUUUAUCCUUAUGAGCCUACUUUAGUUCUCAUCCUAGUUUGAUCGUUCAGCUAGUGUUUGUGUACACACUUGGAUUUUCUCAGAUGCCGUGUGUCCAUUUCUUUUGCAGAUUCAGACUAUUACUCUACCUC